CGAGCAGGAAGUAUGUGGAAUGGGAUGGAAGAAAAAAUAAUCAAACAAGACUGGUCUUUUAGGAAUAUAAAUAACUUUGUGCACUCAUGUUGUACCUGCAUCCAUUCUACCACAGAAAUAGUCAAUGGAGUGGUACUAAAUUGAUCCCAUUCUUGUGCAGUCUUCCUAUUUGGACCGUGCAAUGAAUGUAAGCUCUUGUGAUAUGGAGGUGCUGAGAAUCUGAUGUAUUUCCCCCACAAUUAUCUAGCUCAAAUAUUUACAGUACUAUCCUGUAAUGGCUAUGCAAGAGCUUGGCAGGACUAAAGGCUUCCCUUGCAAACACUGUGGCAUAGUGUGCUCUAAAAUGCCAAGCCUUCUGGAACACAUGGAUAGUCACUACCAGCAAGAAGAAGAUCGCAAGUUCAGAUGCGAUGAAUGUGGCCGAUGCUACAGGCAUGCAGGUAGCUUGGCUAACCACAAGAAAACACACGAGUUGGGUUCUUUUCAUUGUCCAAUAUGUGCUAGGAAGCUCUCAAACCCUCUGGCCCUGAAGAGCCAUCUGCGCAUCCACACAUCACAGAAGAAGUACUCCUGCAUGGACUGUGGGAAGGCCUUUAGGCUAGCUACUCAGCUGGCCACCCAUCAAAAGGUCCAUCUCUCUGGGCAAUCAAAGAGGAGAGCCGGUUGGGCCACUGCAGAAUAUUCUCCAAUUGAGAAUAGGGAUGAAAUUGAAGAUCAUGAUGACUUUGAAAAGCUGUCGAUCUUGGUGGCUGACCAGCAAGACACGGGGAUGGAUAUUGUGUCUGAUAAUAACCUUAGCCAAGAGGAUGCAGAGGUUAUCCCCAACUCGGCAAAUUAUUGUGAAAACCUGGGCUUUGAAGCAGGGGAUCGACCUUUCAAAUGUGGUCAGUGCGAAAAGUCAUAUAGACACCAUGGAAGCCUGAUCAAUCAUAAGAAGUCUCACCAGGUAGUGCACUCAAACAUCCCUAUCUGUUUCAAGCAGUUAAAUAAUCUUGCUGCCCUCCAUAGUCACCAGAGAACCCACAACAAGUCCAAAAGUGGGCCAGACACCCAUUCCUUGGAAGUCACUUACGCAGGCAGAGCACCAGAGCAGUUUUCACCCCUGAACAGGGAUGCUCCAGUGCAUUUCUGUCACCUGUGUCAAGUGAUGUUUCCUAAUGAUGAUGAGUUCCAGGAACACAUCCAAAAGCAUAAUUCUUCCUCCAUGUCCUUUGGGCACGAUCAAGGUUUAUCUGAGGAUCAUCAUGACUCUUAUGACCUUAGUGUCACUCCUUCUCUUGACUCAAACUUUUAUUCACCACCUCUAAACAAUACUCCAUUGAUGGAUCAUCAAGGGGAGCAGAUCAAUGAUAUUCAAAUAUACUCUGACCACUCCAGUAACAAAUCCACCUUGAAUACUCAGGGAGAGCCCCUAAUCUUGGAUCCAGAGAUUCCUGCUGACGAUCUAAGUAAAGCAGAAAAGUCCUCAGUUACAGAAAACGGUGAGCGCCGCUUCAAGUGCCAGGUCUGUGGCAAAAGCUACCGGCAUGCCGGGAGUCUCAUCAAUCACAAGCGUUCUCAUCAGACAGGUAUUUACCAGUGUUCCAUCUGCCGCAAGACUUACCCACACAUGGCUGCCCUCCGCAGCCAUGUCCGCAUCCACAGGGCCCAUCUGUCCUCCUUUAGCCUGGGCUCUGAAGGAGACUGGCUCUCUUCUGAGCUCCUAACACUGGAGAACCAGCAGGCCUGCUUUUCCUCUCUGGAGGGAGAUGCUAGCAAUAUGAUGACUCUCGCUCAGGAGAACACAAGUGAACACUGCAUUGGAGGAUCAUGCCAUGUGCAGUUUGACUCCGCCUUUCCCCAGGACAGAACUGUGCACCUACCUCACAACGAACGCCAGAUGGAGAGUCACAUGUGUGCAGACUGUGGCGAAACAUUUGCAGACAUCGCAGGAAUCAAAUUGCACAUAUGCCCCCUGCUACAACCGCAGCACGAGGCCAUGUCAAAUGACUACGACAGUAACUUAACCUUCUUGGACACUAAUGGCCGAUGCACCAUGGGAAAUCCAGGAGAUCAUGUAGAGUUCCAGGGACUGAAUGGCAGCCCUAGACAAAGGUACUGUGGUGAACAUGACUUCCAUGAAGGCUUGAACGGGGAGCAGUUAAAUGGUGAUGGCAAAGAGGAGGAUGAAAAGGAUGAUGACGGUGAGCUCUAUCAGUGCUCAGCAUGUGGGAACCGCUACACAAGCAUGAGGGCUCUGAGGAGUCAUCUUCGUGGCCACACUCAAUCCCAUGGUACUCUUACAUGCUCCGGACCCUCCUCCAUGUCCUCCCUAGAGGCUGAAACAGAAGAGGACCCUGGAAAGAGACAUCAGAUGGAUGGGGGUCUGAUGAUCUGCAGUACUUGCGGAGAGAGUUUUGCCAAGAAGCAGGACAUGCUUUCCCAUCAGCUCAUACACAAUAAAGCGCAGGCAGAUGAUGCUAAACACAUGCAUAUGGACAAUAGUAAUGGAACUAGGCACAAAGAGGAGGCGGACAGCCGCAUCUAUGGAAAUUGUGAUAUAUUUUGCACCAGUUACCAUCAUCCUGAGACCCAUCAAUGUACAACAAAUGGCAAAAGUGUAUCUGCAAACGGUGUUGAAAAAAAUGAAAUGGGUGGCUCUGUCAACGGUAAAGAAUUAGGACACCUGAAAGAGAAUUUAAACAAUGGGGAUCGCCAGUACAAGUGUGAUCAGUGUGGAAGAGCAUACAGACAUGCUGGCUCCCUUCUCAACCAUAAAAAGUCCCACAAAACUGGAGUGUUCCGCUGCAUGGUUUGCCAGAAGCGCUUCUACAAUCUACUGGCUCUUAAGAACCAUCAGAGGACCCACUUUGAUGUUAAGAGACAUACUUGCAAUGAAUGUGGGAAGGCAUUCAAGAUACAGAAGCAACUAUUGAACCACCUAAGAUUUCACAAGGAGAACCAUGCCAAAAUACAGGAGCUCAACAACCAGAUUCAGGCCGUCAUGCAGAUGAAUGGCACGAGGUCAGAGGGAGGAAUGCGCUUGCUUAAUGCACCUGUCAAUCAAGCCACCACCACCCACAAAAAGGGUGGUGGUAGGCCAACCCCCAACAGAAAGAAUCCCAGUGUGGAGGAGGGGGCUCAGACUCGAGUCAAAUCAGUGGAAGCAGGCGACCCUCGCCCCUACCCCUGUGACCAAUGUGGGCGAACGUAUCGACACGCAGGAAGUCUGGUCAAUCACAAGAACUCUCACAAGACCGGUGAAUACUACUGCUCUGUUUGUAACAACACCUACUCCAACCAGCUGACUAUGAAGAACCACCUGCGCAUCCACUUCUCAGUUAAAAAGCACAAUUGUGAAGACUGUGGUAAGGCCUUUAGGGGAAAGAAGCAGUUGUCUAGCCAUAUUUGCGCACAUCUCAGAAAGGAUAUGCCAGGAGGGGUCAGGGGAAGAGCUCGCAGACGAGCAAGAAACGUUAAAUGUAAGCAGUGCAGACAGACGUUUAUAUCUGCUGACCAACGGACAGCCCAUACCUGUGGGUCACUGGCAAACUCAUCAGAGGGCAGUGAUGGACAAACGAGUAUGUCCUUGAAAAGGGAGGAGCGACCAUUCACCUGCAUCAUCUGCAAUCGCAGCUACCGCCACGCAGGCAGUCUCCUGAAUCAUAAAAACACUCAUAAGUCUGGCCACUUCAGCUGCACUUUCUGCUCCAAGUCCUUUUCUAACCCCAUGGCGUUACGCAACCACACACGAAUCCACACACAGAAGAAGAAGCAUGUCUGCCUGACCUGCAGGAAGGCGUUUCGGUUGGCCAGUAUCCUUCAUAACCACCAGAAGGUCCACACCAGGGUGGCCAACCACUUCAGCUGCCCAGAAUGUGGCAAGAACUUCCAGGGCAAGUCUGGGCUGAAGAGGCACCGCUGCCGGGGGGGUCAGGAUGACUCGGCUAGAGCUUGUGACCUCCAUCACAGAGAGAGUGGAGACAAGUGCUUCACGUGUGACCUCUGUGGACGCUCAUACCACCAUGCUGGCUCCCUGCUCAACCAUAAAAAGAUGCACUCAGAAAACCUCCACCACUGUACCUUGUGCCUCCAGACUUUCCCUGGCCUCCUCGCCCUCCAGAUCCACUCCCAGAUGAAGCGCCACUGCUGUCCAGACUGUGGCAAGACCUUCUGUCUCAUCUCGCACCUGCAGAACCACAUGGAGGUGCACUCCAAGGACCGCACCCUGGUCUGCAGCCCCUGCCAUCAGAGCUUCCCCAACCCAGCCAGGUACCAACAACACCAGGAACUGCACCACCGGGCCCAAGGGCAUUAUCAACAACACAACAUGCAAAUGGAGGAUGACCUAAGCUGGGAAUCGGGACUAGACCAAACCAUGGAGCUCCAAGGCAUCCCCAAGCUGGUCCCGGCGUUUGCCCACAUGCACGAUGGCAUGCCCAACCAGCAGGAGAGCAACAAGGUUCCCUGUAUAGGGGAGAAGAGCCACGUGUGUGAGCACUGCGGCCGCACCUACCGCCAUGCAGGUUCCCUCCUCAACCACAAGAACAGUCACAAGACCGGCGCCUUCUUCUGCUCCGUGUGCCAGAAGGAGUUCACCAACCUGAUGGCGCUGAAGAACCACCGGCGCAUCCACACGGAGCCCAAGCGCUACCAGUGCCUGGAGUGCGGCAAGGCCUUCCGCGUGUCCACCCAGCUCAUCUGCCACUGGAGGAUCCACACCAAAGAGAAGCCCUUCUCCUGCCUGCUGUGCGAAAAGCGCUUCUCCAGCAAGUCAAACCUGCGCCACCACCAGAAGAUGCACCAGAGUGGUGGCCAGGACUACAAGUCCUCCUUCGGCAUGGAUACUAACAGUUUUAUGGACUUGGACAUGGGCUCUUUUCUCUGAGUCAGGACUCCGUGUCAAAUGCUUAUUAUAUUAUUCUCCCCAUUCACUGGACCCCUAUCGGUAAUUGUAAAGUGGCGUGUUCCACAAAGCCCCAGUAGAGACAGCGUUUACUCUUGAUGUUGAACUCUUCAAAGCUGCCUCACAAACAUUUCAUUUUUCUGAUUAUGCUUUGGUCAUACACUUUUGGAGUGGUCGAAGGAUUUCUUAUCUCUAGCAGGGAUUGUGGCACUGUUAAACUUCCCAGAUGGGCACAGGCGACAGUGUCUGUCAAAUCUUUAUAAGAUUAUUUUCGCAUGGAGUGCACAUCGUCAUUGAAUCGUUUAACGCUAUAGGAGUGAGAACUAUUGGACCUCCUUCCAUACUGACUGUAUCAAUGUCCUCACAAGGUAGACAGUCAAUUUCUCAACCAAAGUGAACCGAUGUAACAGAACUGUUUCAGCCCAGUUUCAGCCCAGUUCCUGCAUUUGAGAUUGAUUUAUACAAUUUAUGAGAAAAGUGCUGUUCUGAAAUUGUCAUUUCCUCUCGCUAUCUAUUACUGUGUUCAGUGCCUCCGUCGGUUCAAUUCUCUGCCCAGCUUAUCAAAAGUGAGGGCUGUUCUCAAUAUUUUGCCAUAGGUUAGAGAAAAGUGAUCAAUUUGGCUUCAAUAAGCAUGACCUCCUAGUCUUACCCAGAGGAUGGUAUCAAAGGUAUUUACUGAAAUAAUGUAAUCAAGUUGGUGGCAAUCAAAUGGUUUUAGUGAUGGUGAUAUUUGGGUACACCCUUUGAGUGACAUUUGUAUGCUAAAUGGGCAUAUUUAAUUAUUUAUUCCUGUUCUUUUGACUUAUUUUCAAUUUUUCUGUGUGUACAUAGAAAAUGAUAUAUCAAUGAAUGUUACCUUGACUCUUAAGAAAUAUCCUAUCUAGCAUUUAAGGGAAUUCCUCAAUCCGUAAUUCCAUUCUCAAUUGGUGCGACUCCAACACAGGUAGGAAUGGGUAUUCGCCAAGGACAGUGGUCUUGCCAGCACUGUGGUUUUGCCACAUUAAAAUGUCUGAUGUGCAAAGCAUUGUAGAUAAUUAUCCAUGUCUGAAAUGCUGAAUUGGGCAUUAUUUUAUUUUUACAGGUGCCAUUUCUCACCCAUGUCUUGUUUAAAUAAGAAUUGUAGCUUUUCUUGUCCAUAAUUACCCUUGACAAUUUUUGAGAAAUUUUGCAAACCCUUUACAAUAAGAAAUGCAUGCUUUUGACUUCUAAAACUUUCAAAGGUAAACUCAGCAAAAAAUUAAACAUCCUCUCACUGUCAACUACGGUUAUUUUCAGCAAACAUAACGUGUAAAUAUUUGUAUGAACAUAAGAUUCAACAACUGAAACAUAAACUGAACAAGUUCCACAGACAUGUGGCUAACAGAAAUGGAAUAAUGUGUCCCUGAACAAAGGGGGGGUCAAAACUAAGUCAGUAUCUGCUGUGGCCACCAGCUGUAUUAAGUACUGCAGGUCAUCUCCUCAUGGACUGCACCAGAUUUGCAGUUAUUGCUGUGAGAUGUUUCCCCGCUCUUCCACCAAGGCACCUGCAAGUUCCCAGACAUUUCUGGGGGGGAAUGGCCCUAGCCCUCACCCUCUGAUCCAACAGGUCCCAGACGUGCUCACUGGGAUUGAGAUCUGGGCUCUUCGCUGGCCAUGGCAGAACACUGACAUUCCUGUCUUGCAGGAAAUCACGCACGGAACGAGCAGUAUGGCUGGUGGCAUUGUCAUGCUGGAGGGUCAUGUCAGGAUGGGCCUGCAGGAAGGGUACCACAUGAGGGAGGAGGAUGUCUUCCCUGUAAGGCACAGCGUUGAGAUUGCCUGCAAUGACAGACAAGCAGCUCAGUCCGGUAAUGCCGUGACACACCGCCCCAGACCAUGACGGACCCUCCACCUCCAACUCGAUCCCGCUCCAGAGUACAGGCCCAUAGGCGACGUUGCUGCCGGUGAUGUCUGGUGAGGACCUGCCUUACAACUGGCUUACAAGUUCUCAGUCCAGCCUCUCUCAGCUUAUUGCAGACAGUCUGAGCACGGAUGGAGGGAUUGUGCAUUCCUGGUGUAACUCAGGCAGUUGUUGUUGUCAUCCUGUACCUGUCCCGCAGGUGUUAUGUUCGGAUGUACCAAUCCUGUGCAGGUGUUACACGUGGUCUGCCACUGCGAGUACGAUCAGCUGUCCGUCCUGUCUCCAUGUAGCGCUGUCUUAGGCGUCUCGUAGUACGGACUUUGCAGUUUAUUGCCCUGGCCACAUCUGCAGUCCUCAUGCCUAAAGCACGUUCACGCAGAUGAGCAGGGACCCUGGGCAUCUAUUUUUUUUGUGUUUUUCAGAGUCAGUAGAAAGGCCUCUUUAGUGUCCUAAGUUUUCUUAACUGUGACCUUAAUUGUCUACCGUCUGUAAACUGUUAGCGUCUUAACGACCGUUCCACAGGUGCAUGUUCAUUAAUUUUUUAUGGUUCAUUGAACAAGCUUGGGAAACAGUGUUUAAACCCUUUACAAUGAAGAUCUUGGGAUUUUUACAAAUUAUCUUUGAAAGACAGGAGCCUGAAAAGGGGACGUUUCUUUUUUUUUUUUUUUUCCUGAGUUUGUUUGCGUGUCAGUCCGGCAAAAGUCAAGUGUAGAAUUAUCGUGUUGUGAACCGUUAGCGUACUUAUAUUUAUAAUUCAAAGUAUUUAUUUCUGUCUAUAUUUGAAUGGUUAUUGUAUUUCUGUUAAUGUGUCAUGGACACAAGUUUCAGUGUUCAAACUUGUCAACAUCCAGUUGGUUGCUUCAACCAUGUUGGCAGCAGUGUGUAUCCAGGAGCAAAUGUUGAUCACCACUAUUUGAGAAAUGGUUUGGGGUCUUUGGAAAAAGCAAUUUGUGUUCAUAUAACCUUUCCAUAAAUGUGCAAUUAAGUUAAAUCUAGUAUUUCUUUGGUUUGCAAUGCUUACCAGAAAAGGUGUAGAAUAAAAUAAGGUGCUUAUCAUGUACAUCUUUUCAGUCCCACUGUAAUGGCACUUUCUUUAUGCCUUAUCCUAUAUUUAAUAUACAGUGCAUUCGGCAAGUAUUCAGAUCUGACUUUUUCCACAUUUUGUUACGUUAUUGCCUUAUUCUAAAUUAGAUUUCUUUGUGUGUACACUUACAUAAGUAUUCAGACCCUUUACUCCGUACUUUGACGCACAUUUGGCAGCGACUACAAUCUUGUCUUCGUGGGUAUGACGCUACAAGCUUGGCACACCUGUAUUUGAGGAGUUUGUUGCAUUCUUCUCUGCAGAUCCUCUCAAGCUCUGUCAGGUUGGAUGGGGAGCGUAGCUGUACAGCUAUUUUCAGUUCUCCAGAGAUGUUCGAUUGGGUUCAAGUCACGGCUCUGGCUGGGCCACUAACGGACAUUGUCCUGUUGGAAGGUGAACCUUCACUCCAGUCUGGUCCGGAGCACUCUGGAGCAAGUUUUCAUCAAGGAUCUGUCUUUUUUAAAUUUUUUAAAACUAUUUUACUAGGCAAGUCAGUUAAGAACAAAUUCUUAUUUUCAAUGACGGCCUAGGAACAGUGGGUUAACUGCCUGUUCAGGGGCAGAACGACAGAUUUGUACCUUGUCAGCUCUGGGAUUCGAACUUGCAACCUUUCGGUUACUAGUCCAACGCUCUAACCACUAGGCUACCCUGCCGUCUACUCGAUUCAGACUAGUGUCCCUGCCACUGAAAAACAUCCCCACCGCAUGAUGAUGAUGAUGCUGCUGCCACCACCAUGCUUCACCGUAGGAUCUUGGUUUCAUCAGACCAGAGAAUCUUGUUUCUCAAGAUCAGUCUUUAGGUGCCUUUUGGCAAACUCCAAGCAGGCUGUCGUGCCUUUUACUGAGGCGUUGCUUCCGUCUGGCCACUACCAUAAAAGCCUGAUUGGUGGAGUGCUACAGAGAUUGUUGCCCUUCUGGAAGGUUCUCCCUUCUCUACAGAGGAACUCUGACGCACCGGGCGGCCAGUUCAAGGAAGAGUCUUGGUGGAUUCAAACUUCUUCCAUUUAAGAAUUAUGGAGGCCACUGUGUUCUUGGGGACCUUUAAUGCUGUUUUGGUACCCUUCCCCAGAUCUGUGCCUUGACACAAUCCUGUCUCGGAACUCUAGCCUUUCCAAAUCAUGUCCAAUACAUUGACUCCAAUCAAGUUGUAGAAACAUCUCAAGGAUGAUCAAUGGAAACAGCAUGCACCUGAGCUAAAUUUCAAGUCUCAUAGCAAAGGGUUUGAAUACUUAUGUAAAUAAGGUAUUUCUGUUUGUAGCUUUAUCAUUAUGGAGUAUUGUGUGUAGAUUGCUAAGGAUUUGUAUUUUUCGUUUAAUCCAUUUUAGAAUAAGGCUGUAACGUAACAAAGUGAAAAAAGUCAAGGGAUCUGAAUACUUCCCGAAUGCACUGUAUAUACAAAAGUAUGUGGACAGCUUUACAAAUUAGUUCAUUAGGCUAUUUCACCACACCCGUUAUUGACCGGUGUGUAAAAUCGAGCACACAGCCAUGCAAUCUCCAUAGACAAUCAUUGGCUGUAGAAUGGCCUUUACUGAAGAGCUCGGUGACAUUCAACGUGGCACCGUCAUAGGAUGCCACCUUUCCAACAAGUAAAUUAGUCAAAUGUCUACCCUGUUAGAGCUGCCCCGGGCAACUUUAAGUGCUGUUAUUCUGAAGUGAAAAUAUCUAGGAGCAACAACCGCUCAGCUGCGAAGUGGUAGGCCACACAAGCUCACAGAACGGGAAUGCCGAGUGCUGUAGCGCAUAAAAAUCUCCUGUCCUCGGUUGCAACACACUACCGAGUUCCAAACUGCCUUUAGAAGCAACGUCAGCACAAUAACUGUUCAUCGGGAACUUCAUGAAAUGGGUUACCAUUGCCGGGCAGUUGCACACAAGCGUAAGAUUACGAUACACAAUGCCAAGCGUCAGCUGGAGUGGUGUAAAGCUUGCUGCCUUUGGACUCUGGAGCCAAUGAAUCUGGGUAUAGAGGAUGCCAGGAGAACGCUACCUGCUCGAGUGCAUAGUGCGAACUGUACAUUUUGGUGGAGGAAUAAUGGUCUGGGGCUGUUAUUCAUGGUUCUGGAUAGGCCCCUUAGUUCCAUUGAAGGGAAAUCUUAAUGCUACAGCAGACAAUGAUAUUCUGGAUGAUUAUGUGCUUCAAACUUUGUGGCAACAGUUUGGGGAAGGCCCUUUCCUGUUUCAAUGCCCCCAUGCACAAAACGAGGUCCAUACAGAAAUGUUUGUCGAAAUUGGUGUGGAAGAACUUGACUGGCCUGCGCAGAGCCCUGACCACAACUCCAUCAAACACCUUUGGGAUGAAUUGGAACGCCGACUGCGAGCCAGGCCUAAUCGCCCAACAUCAGUGCUCGUGGCUGAAUGGAAGCAAGUCUCUGCAGCAAUGUUUCAGCAUCUAGUGGAAAGCAUUCCCAGAAGAGUGGCGGCUGUUAUAGCAGCAAAGAGGGGGACCAACUCCAUUUGAAUACUCAUGACUUUGGAAUGAGAUGUUCAAGGAGCAGGCGUCUACAUACAUACAUACUUUUUGGUCAUGUAGUGUAUUAUGAACUGUAAAUAUUUCUGCGACCGGUAAGAGUAUGCAAUACCUCAGAGCCAUGCCAAUCCAACAACCGAUAUUUAAAGCUAUAACAGUUUAUUUAGGAAAGAUCAUAUCAAUUCAGUACUGUAAUCAAACUUUUAAAGUCAGGUGCCUGUAUCAUAAGCAUAUUGUUAAUAAGGCAUCAGCUCCCAACACCUCAAAUUCUAAUUGCAUGUGGGCAGUUGAGAUACAUGUAAGUUGUUCUGCCCAGUCUACCAAUAUUAUAAGCAAUAUGUUGACAUUUUAAGAAAUGUUUCAUGCUAAUUUUGUCAGUACAUGGUAGCAUAUUAGUAAGUGCACAUCUUGAUUUGAAUUAGUCAUUUCUGUCAGACCAUUCAAACAUGCUUUCCCACUGGGUCAAAUUUAUAUUACUUCAUUCAGAAGAUGAAACACAUUGCCAUCCUGGCACAGGGAAAGUACAACUCACACAAAAUAGCUCUGAAUUUUAAAGGUUUACGACAGUAGCAACUACUGUACAUUUAGUCUGCCAUCACCAUAGUAAGCUAUUCUACCUAAAAAGGCUGUUUUUGACAUGCAUCAAAUCCAAUUUUAUUGGAUUCGCAUUUAGCAGAUGUUAUUGCAGGUGUAGCGAAAUGCUUGUGUUCCUAGCUCUAACAGUGCAGUAAUACCUAAUCAUUUCCCAACAGUACACACAUCUAAGUAAAGGAAUGGAAUAAAUACAUAUAUGGACGAGCAAUGUCAGAGCAGCAUAGACUAAAAUACAGUGGAAUAGAAAACAGUAUAUACAAAUGAGAUGAGUAAUGCAAAUUAUGUAAACAUUAAAGUGACUAGUGUCUUAAAAAAAAUGGAAGUGGCCAGUGAUUUCAAGUCUGCACAUAGGCAGCGGCCUCUAAUGUGCUAGUGAUGGCUGUUCAACAGUCUGAUGGCCUUGAGGUAGAAGCUGUUGUUCAGUCUCUUGGUCACAGCUUUGAUGCAUCUGUACUGACCUCGCCUUCUAGAUGAUAGCGAGGUGAACAGACAGUGGCUCGGGUGGUUGUUGUCCUUGAUGAUCUUUUUGGCCUUCCUAUGACAUUGGAUGAUGUAGGUGUACUAGAGGGCAGGUAGUUUGCCCCCAGUGAUGCUUUGGGCAGACCGCACCACCCUCUGGAGAGCCCUGCGGUUGCGGGCGGUGCAGUUGCCGUACCAGGCGGUGAUGCAGCCCGACCGGAUGCUCUCAAUUGUGCAUCUGUAAAAGUUUGAGGGUUUUAAGUGACAAGUCAAAUUUCUUCAGCCUCCUGAGGAUGAAGAGGUGCUGUUGCACCUUCACCACACUGUCUGUGUGGGUGGACCAUUUCAGUUUGUCGGUGUUGUGUAUGCCGAGGAACUGGAAGCUUUCCAACUACUCCACUGUGGUCCCAUCGAUGUGGAUUGCUGUUUCCUGAAGCCCACGAUCAUCUCCUUUGUUUUGUUGACGAUGAAUGAGGGGUUAUUUUCCUGACACCACACUCCCAGAGCCCUCACCAUCUCCCUGUAGGCUGUCUCGUCAUCUGCAGACUUGAUGAUUGAGUUGGAGGCGUGCGUGGGUACGCAGUCAUGGGUGAACAGGGAGUACAUGAGAGGGCUGAGCAUGCACCCUUGUGGGGCCCCAGUGUUGAGGAUCAGCGAAGUGGUGUUUCCUACCUUCACAACCUGGGGGCGGCCCGUCAGGACGUCCAGGACCCUGUUGCACAAGGCGGGGUUCAGACCCAGAGCCUCAAGCUUAAUGAGGAGUUUGGAGGGUACUAUGCUGUUGAAGGCUGAGCUGUAGUCCAUAAACAGCAUUCUUAUAUAGGUAUUCCUCUUGUCCAGAUAGUAUAGGCAGUGCGAUGGCGAUUGCAUUGUUUGGGGAGCUAUUAGGGCGGUAAGCAAAUUGAAGUGGGUCUAGGGUGUCAGGUAAGGUAGAGGUGAUAUGAUCCUUGACUAGCCUCUCAAAGUGAGUGCUACGGGACGAUAGUAAUUUAGUUCAGUGUGCGCGCCUCCUGAGUUGGACUAGAAGUCCACUCCGAGUACCUCUUCACAGCCGGCGAUGCUUUGGGUCAGCCUCUGGAAUCAGUUCAAUUGCCCUGGGGGGUGUGAACAAAGGAUCCAAAUCGGGAAACUUGUAUUGUUAGUCGUAAAUGCUGAUGAGUUACCGCCGCUCUGAUAUCCAAAUGUUAUUCCCGGCUGUAUGUAAUAACACACAUUUCAGGCCUAAUAAUGUACGAAAAUAACACGUAAAAAACAAUACUGCAAAGUUGCCUGGGGGCUAGAAGCACGGCUGCCCUCUCGGCGCCAUUACAGUUAAGUUCUGUAAUACGGCUGGCAUAUCCAAAUUGCAACAUGUAUUUUUAGAAACCAUUAACAUUAGCAUGUAGUGUUAAUGUCAGAUCUCAGUUUAAACCUUGCAAGUGGCAUUGUCUGAUUACUAUGGUUCCAUCUCUUCUGGCACUUGUUAAUGUACACUUAACUUUUUUUUGCCAGGAUGACAACCCCUGUGUACUGUAUGUGUCAUGUGCAUCUCCCACAGUUGUAAAUAAAGGAAUGAAACACUG